AUAUGCGUAAUUGUGCGUUCCAAAUUUGUCAAUUAACCCACUUUGAUUAUAGAAGUAAAAUACGAGGUUACUAUCACGUAUGAGAAGCAUAGCCAGAGACAUCUGUUACUGGAUUUUUAAAGUAUGUGAAACAAAACAGUCUUGAUUUUCUUAAUAAGUACACUUUGUUGAAUCCAAAUCAGCCACAAAUUGCAGUGUGUGACGGAAAACGACAACUGGUUGUUUACUGAUACUGGAAAAUUCUCGUCCACGAAAAUAAAUAUUCCUACACACGGCUUUCAAUGAAAUCAGAGACAGUCAUCAAUAUAAUUGAAGUUUAUUCUCUAGCCACAUUCAGCUUGGCGAAAAUUUCUGUAAUCGAAAGCUAAUUCGACCUCGUUACGUGGACGGAAAAUUUAUUUCUUCCACGGAAAUGAAGCCUGGUACAACGCAUUUUUCUACUCGUGUGGGCCUCUGGGUUGUGGUGGUGUGCGUGAUUUCCGCUACAUUUCUGAUUUCCAACUAUCUGGUUGUUAAUGAGCGUAUUGCCGCUAUGGAAGGAAAACUAGAAAGUCUGCAGAGAGGUGAGAAUUUAAACCAAGAUGUUUCUUCUGACGAACAAACAGGUGGCAAAGACGAGCAUCAUGUCAGAAGAAAAAGAGCGUUGAAACGAAGAACUCAAGCGAGCGCUAUCGCAGAUUUUGAAAAACGACUUCGAGCUUUGGAGAAAAGGAUUAAUGCCAACAAUCGGUCUAUGAUGUCCCCAAGCGAGCAUAGUGAUUGGUGGUUUCUUGCAUAUCUUCGAGGGCGAGAUGGUCGAGAUGGCAGGGAAGGCCUCAUGGGUCCUCCUGGACCGCCUGGAAAGCCGGGUACCCCAGGGAUAGCGGGAAAACCGGGUGCACCAGGGCCAAAGGGACAGUCUGGACAUGGUACUAACAAGCCGGUUCCAGGUCCCCCAGGUCCUAGGGGACAGCAAGGUCCUAGUGGGAGCCCUGGGCGCCAGGGGCCCCAAGGGCCCAAAGGUAAUAAAGGGCGGGAUGGGGCUGGUAUUGCUGGAGUGAAAUAUGUCCGCUGGGGAAAGACCAAGUGUCCUAGCGGUGCUCAAUUGGUUUAUGAAGGUAUAAUUGGGAGUAGCCAUUACCGCCAUCUUGGUGGAGGAGGAGAAUACAUUUGUCUGCCAAAGGUCCCGAAGUACGACAAAUACAAGGACGGAUAUCAAUCGCACUCAUACAUUUAUGGCACUGAAUAUGAAGUCAGUGGGUUCAAUCCAUUUAAAAACAGCCUACAUGAUCACGACGCCCCAUGUGCAGUAUGUUACGUCAGCUCACGUGCAACCCAGCUGAUGAUACCUGCUAGGAAUGAUUGCCCCUCCGCUUGGACCGAAGAGUACCAUGGGUACCUGAUGUCGGAGUACUACAACCACAAACAGUCUCGCAACUUCAUUUGCGUUGACCGAGACGCGGAGUUUGUUCACGGCAGCCGUGCAAACGUCAAUGGUGCCCUUCUGUACCUUGUGGAAGGUCAGUGUGGCUCGUUGCCAUGCCUACCUUAUGUUGGUGGUAGGGAAUUGACUUGCGCUGUAUGCACCAAGUGAUGAGUCAACCGUGGAAAAGCUCUUCAGACACUAGUGGCUUUAGAUUUUCGAGAAAGCUUUUAAUAUUCAAGGUUUUGUAUAGGCUGAGGCUAAAAGAAAAGGGAAAAGUUUUAUUUUAUUAAUGA